GGUCCAGACUAACGUCACUCAAACUGUUGACGCUCUAACCGCGCCUCCUUCUUUAACCUGGUUUAGAGUAAUUGAUAUCGUUUCUAAAGCGAAGGACUUGAAUUUCAUCUACAUGAACUCAUAGACACGGUGUCCGAGCCUCACUAAUAUGUAAAGAAUGGACACCAAAACACCUCCAGACAUGAGCAGUCCCAACUAACUCUGAUGUCUUCAGUCAGUUUAGUUUUUGAGUAUGAAUGUUAAACAGAAAACGAGAAGCAUGGAAGAGGAGGAGUUAACUGGAAAUACCAUGUGGCUUAAGAAUAUAGUUCUGCUUCUCAGGUAGAUAUUUAUAGGGACAAGAAGAGAUGUUUUAGUAGAUGCACACGCUGUCACUAACACACUAAUUUCAUGCUUGUUUUGGUACACACUGAAACCAUUUUAAGGUAGUGAAAACAGUGUGAUAAAAAGGAAGAGGUUUGGGUUGAAUAGCAAAGUUCAAAAGCAAGACUGGGGGUACAUUCAAAUUAUAGUGAUAUUAAAUAAACCAGUCAGAGAACAGAGAGCUGUGAAACAUGGAUUAUGGUAAAGUGCUCUUUGUGGAAGUGGAGAUCUGGAGCUGGAUCCAGAUAUUGUGAGCGAGGAGGCGGGGAAACUGUACUCGGAGCUGCAGUCGGUGGUGGAGACUCAUGGAGCUGGUGUGGUGGAUUCCCUGCUGCCCAUCCUCGUCUGGGUUCUGGAAGGGCUGGCGAGCUGCAGGGCUCAGCUGAGAGAGAGAGAGGAAGAGGCAGAGAAAGAGAAAAGAGAGAGAGAAGAACUGCUGGAGAGGUAUCAGAAUGAGAAAACCCUGAGGAGAGAGAGCCAAGAGCGCUAUUUGGAGUUGGAUGACCAGUUUGAGCAAGAGCGGAGGGCAAUGCGUGCAAGAGAAAAGGAGAGAGAAAAGAGAGAAAGAGAACUGGAGAAGAAAGCCAGAGAACAAGCUGAUCAGUUGAUGGCCUUGGAGGAGCAGAAAGCAAAUCUGACACGAGAGCUAAACUCAAUUAAACACACACAUAACAAGUUAGUACUGACACACCGAGAUCUGCUGGAAAAGAAAAAGGAGUGGGAGAGCGAAUCCUUCACUUUUAGGAAUCACGUGCACAGCAAACAUUCAGAAGCUGUUUCUACCCACGGUCAAACAGAAACCUCCAGCACUGAAGAGGUUAAUUUAUUUCAUGAUCCAAAAGCUGGCAGUGCCCCUGAUUCCACUGCGUCAGAAAUGACCGAUAUCAACAACAGCAAAGUGACUAAUGCUGAAGUUAACCAUAAUAACGAUCAGUCCUUCAUCGGUGACAUUAUAAGCUCCACCCCUGAGCUGGCUCAUUUGAAGGGCUUUAUUGAAACAAGCUCCCCUGUUUUUUCAAAGACAGCAACUUCUGAAUUAAACUCCAGUUUGUUUGAUGAAAUGAAACAAGCCCAGGAGGAUAAGAGAGAGGUGGAUGAAGACCAGAAGGUGAAAGAUGGAGAAAAAACGAAGGAGGAGGAAGAGAUGGACAGUGACUCUGAUUCCUUGGAGUGGGAGUUGAGGAAUACGGACUCUGUGUUUUCAGAGUUAUCUGAACUCAGCAGGGAAUAUGUAGAAAACGUUGACCAGGGGGCCAGUGUCAGAGAUAACACAGACCAGUUUGAGCAGAUUCUUUCUCAAUAUGAGGAACUAAAACACACUCAUGAAAUGGUGGAUACUGCUCGUAAGGCACUUAUAUCCCGUGUUGAGGAGCUGACCAGUGAGAGAUCUGCCCUGCAUAUGGAACUUGAUUCUUGCCGUGAAACCGUCAGCCGACUGGAAGGAAAAACCAAAGAGAUGGAGGAUGAAAUCAAGCGGUUACGAAAAGAGCUUGAGACAAUUCAGUCAGAGGACCCUGAUGCCUCACUACCUACCUCCCUUCGCCGCUUCUCUCGUUCUGAAAUGGCCCGGGUGGUCAUGGAGAAGAAUCAGUACAAAGAGCGACUGUUCGAACUGCAGGAAGCUGUGCGGCGUGCUCAGCUUCAGAGAGUUACAAAAGAAGAGCGCCCCCCUGUGGAAGGGAAGGAUAGUGUCUGGAGCAGGUUUAAUCGUUUUCUAGGUCUGACAAAGGGUCAGUUAGCUCCAGCCACAGCUGUUGCUUUAACCAUCUCUCCCACACCAGUUUCUGCACAAACACCAGUGGGGUCUCCACAGCAACUCUCUACAAAAUCACCCCAAACAGAAAGUUCCCCAUCUCCCAGGUUAAGGAAAAGAGAGCUGUACAGGGAGAUCCGUUCUCAUGUGUGGGGUACUCUGGGUAAAAAACAGCUCCAUGGCUGGAGCAUGCCUCUCGGUGUUACAAACAUAAAGGACUCUGAACUCGCUCCUGAGCCCAAAGACGUGCCCAUCCUCAUCCAGCUGAGACUGCUGGACCAGAGAGAUGCUACAGCGAAGCUCACAUGUGCUGUCGCAGUUCCUCCAGAGAUAUCAGGAGAGCAGACGUGCUCUGUGUGGGCCGUCACUGGACCUGCUUCCAGCAGUGAUGUCACAGUGAUUGACCCGGCUCGCUCCAAUACCAUUCUGGAUCAGUUCAGCCUCCCACCCACGUCCCCUGCAUUAUGCAUCUGUGCUGUGCCCCCUACUGGAGAUACUGCAGGAACUGUGUGGAUUGGAACACAGGAUGGAGGUGUGCUGAUUCAUUCGUCCUCCAGCUCCAGGCGCCGCUGUUUGCAGUCUGUCUGUCUUUCUGAGGGGGUUCACUCUCUGACGUAUUCUCAGGGCGAGGUGAUUGCUGGCUUGGCCAAUGGGACGCUUGCAUUCUUCACCCACAGUUCAGGCACAUGGAAUCUCCAGUCUCAAGAGGUGCUUUCGCUCGGCACGUCACCUUUGCAGCCCGUUCGCUGCUGCCUAGCAAAAGAGGGCUGUCUUUGGGUGGGCUACUGGAAUAAAGUUUACAUGAUCAGUGUGAAAAUUCGGAAAGUAGAGAAAUCGUUUACAGUGUCUGAGCGAAGUGAGCAGCAGGUGCGCUUUCUUUGCGCGGCAGGAAGUGGCGUUUGGGCUGCCUGCCGUUUGGAUCCAAUUCUUAGGCUUUUUGAUUGGACAACUGGCCGUCCUCUACAGGAAGUAGAUUUAUCGUCCGUAGUGAAUAAAGCUUUAGGCUCUGCAUUCCUGUCUCUCUCUCCUCUUCAGAUCACAGCCUUGUCUGUGGUCAGUGGGCGGUUGUGGGUGGGAACAGGAAGUGGGGCAAUCUUCUCAGUUCCACUGUCCCUCAGUUCAGAGUCCUGCUCUAUACCAUACUGCUCUCUUGCUUCAGCUCAGCUCUGUUACCAUGGCCAUCGACAAGCAGUUAAAUUCAUCAUUUCUGCUCCAGGCUGCCGUAGUUCCUCCACUUCACCAGAUGGCGCUGCUACUACCUCUCAGCUCACUCUCAGUGGCGGGGAAGGAUACAUCAAUUUCCGAAUUGGAGAUGAUGGAAGUGAUGGGGCCAGUGAGUCUGUCCUGCAGAGAUCAGAACGAAGUCACAUGAUUAUUUGGCAGAGCCCCACCCCCUCCGUCCCAAGCCCCGCCCUCUGAAAGCACUUCAGCUGUGCACUCAAACAGUCUUUAAGCUCUAUCAGGAUAAGAUUGAGCGUACUAGACAGUACAAUGCAUUACUUUUCUUCUGUCCCCCUUCUAUAGAUGCUCCCAAAGGGAAGUAAAGGGCUAAAAUCAAAGUAAAGCAUUCUAAGAAAUGUAAUUUUGGACCUACAAAUCUUUAUUCUGCACUUUUAUUUUAUUUUUUUUGUUUUGUUUUUUGGGUGAACCGACUUUGAAUGUUUUUUUUUUUUCCCAUAACUGCUCCACAGACUUCUCUCCAGUUUGCCUUGGUGUGUGUUUUCAAAUUCUGCCUUGUAUUUGACCAGUGAUUUUGAUUUUGUUUUUUAUUGUACACAAUCAUCCUAAAUACUGGAACAAAGACAGGUUGUGGUUGUAAUGCUAGGCCAGGAAUUAUUCAUUAUUUUAUUUUAUUAUUUUUUAAUUUCAAAUCAUCAGGAGUGAUGCAACUGGUAUGCUGCUGGUCAUGACAUGAAGUAUUUUCAAAAAUAGUCUGUUUGUUGCUUGUCGUGCAUUAGAUCAACUGGAAACUCACUCAAAGAAAAGUAACAUCAAAACGACAAGAAACUGACCAAGACUGACACACUACCUACAUUCUGUGACCUGGACAUCUAUAGUGCAUAUACUUCAAUCUGAACAAAAGUUAUUUUUCUUUAGGUUUGGUGUUUAUGGUGAGGUUUUAUUUUUCAUUUUAUUAUUAUUGGUUAUUGGUGUCUAAGUUAUUUAUUGUGAAAACAAUGGAGGCUCGCAUAUGGCGGUUUUUUUUUUUUUUUGCAGUAUUUUUUGAAUGGGUGAAUGUGUGGCUCUACCUAUUUAAUAAGUGAGAGAGAGAAAAUGACAAUGUUUUGUUAACUGGAAAAUGUU